CUCAGCAGCCCUGGCCCAAGUAGCCUGGGGACAGGACAGCAGUGGGGACACAGAGACAGGCACCGAGGACAGAGGUGCCCGCCUGUCAAAAUGCCCAUCCUGAAGAGCCUAGGGGUGGCAGACCCUAAGGUGCCCCGGGCAGGGACCCUGCCCCUGAGGUCCUCUCGGAACCCCUUUGAGGACAUUCCGGGGCUGGAAGAAGAAUCUGGGGAGCUGGGGACUCUGCCCAAUGGAACAUCUUGUCACCGCCGCGCCACCCUGGAGAAGCUGGCAGGCCUGUCCCCUUUCCGGCUGGGCUGGGCCCAGGGCCGACGGGCAGGCAGUCCUGGGGAUGGGCCACCGCGCUCGUUCCUGGGCCGCGUGCUGCCCCCGGGGCUCCGAAGGAGUUCAGCAGACUUUGGCCUCCUGGCCCGGCUGCAGGGGACACGGGCCCAUGGUGACGAGGAGGGGCCUGGGGAGGCUGCCCGGAGACUGGCCUUCCUGCGCCUGGGGCGUGGGCCCAAGCCUCGGCGGGCAUCCCUGGCUGAGAGAGUGGUCCCAGCGGGGGAAGCUGCUCCUGAGCCCCCACCCAAGGUCCCAGAGCCCCCAAAGAUGAAGGAGCCAUUGUCAGUGCUGGAGAUCCUGAGCUUGAUCCAGCAGCGCGAGCUGGCGAGGGCCGACGAGCACAUCUUGGAGCUGGAGGCGGAGGAGCUGGCGUCGUCGGGGGGCGCGCCAGGGCCGCCGGUGGCGGAGGGCGCGAGCGGGGGCCGCCGAGCGCGGGACGUGGCGCUGCUGUACGAGGCCCUGCAGCGCGAGCUGUGGGCGCUGGUGCGCGAGACGCUGGCGGGACCCGGGCCCGGCGCGGGCGCCGGGGCGGGCGCGGUGGCGCAGCUGGGCCAGGUGCUGGUGCAGGAGGAGGCGGCGGAUGGGCGCCGGGGGCCCGGGGCGGCCCGCAAGCUGCGCGCCCGCUGGGCGGAGGCAGUGGCCCGUGCGGCGCGAGAGCGCCUGGAGGCGGCAGCGCCCGGGGCGCCCGGGGGCCUGGCCGGGCAGCUGGAGGCGCUGCGGGCGCGGCUGCUGGAGGACAUGGCGGUGGUGCGCGGCCGCCUGGCGCCCGCCUACCCCACCGGCCUGGGCGCUUUCGGCGUCUACCUGCGCGGCUACCACGGCGCAUUGGCAGAGUGGCUGGGGGCCUCCGCCCGCCGGAGGCUGCCGCUGGCGGACCGCUACGCCCUGCUGCACUGGCACAAUCAGGUGUACCCCAGGGAGGUCCUAGGGCUGGUGGACAUGGUUGCCCUGGAGAAUGGGGAGCUGGGCCCCCUUCUCUCCCCUGGCACUCUUCGUGGUUUGGAGGAUGAAUGUGUCACAGAUGUCAAGGCUCAGACGCGGGCAGCCCUUCUUCGGGUGCUGCAGGAAGAUGAGGAGCACUGGACAGACGCGGCGGACUGGUCCAGCAGCCUGGCCCAGGAUGUGUGUGAGCUACUGGAAGAGCACACGGAGCGAGCGCCCCGCAUCAGCCAGGAAUUUGGGGAGCGGAUGGCACACUGCUGCCUGGGGGGGCUCGCAGAGUUCCUGCAGAGCUUCCAGCAGCGCGUGGAGAGAUUCCAUGAGCACCCAGGAAUCCGGGAGCUGCCCUCUGACACCUACAUCAGCAGGACCAUCUCCCUGGUCAACUGUGGGCCCCCACUGAGGGCUCUGGCCGAGCGCCUGGCCAGGGUGGGGCCCCCUGAAAGCGAGCCUGCCCGGGAAGCCUCCGCCAGCUCCCUGGACCGCGUGACCAGGCUGUGCCACCGUGUUCUGGCUGACAUGCUGUUCCAGGAGCUGCAGCCAUACUUCAACAAGCUGAUGCGCCGGAAGUGGCUGAGCAGCCCGGAGGCCCUGGAUGGCAUCGUGGGCACGCUGGGCGCUCAGGCCCUGGCACUGCGCAGGAUGCAGGAUGAGCCCUACCAGGCGCUGGUGGCGGAGCUGCACCGGCGGGCGCUGGUCGAGUACGUGCGGCCGCUGCUCCGCGGGCGCCUGCACUGUCGCUCGGCGCGGACCCGCAGCCGCGUGGCCGGGAGGCUCCGGGAGGACGCGGCGCAGCUGCAGAGGCUGUUCAGGCGGUUGGAGUCCCAGGCCUCGUGGCUGGACGCCGUGGUGCCGCACCUGGCUGAAGUCCUGCAGCUGGAAGACACGCCCAGCAUCCAGGUGGAGGUGGGGGUGCUGGUGCGCGACUACCCAGACAUCAGGCGGAAGCACGUGGCGGCCCUCCUCGACGUGCGCGGACUGCACAACACUGCCACGCGCCAGGAGAUCCUGGCCGUGGCCCGGGACCUGGAACUCUGUGAGGGGGGAGCCCUGUCGCCCCCUCGGGAUCGUGCCUUCUUCUCGGACAUCCCUGUGCCCCGCCCUUCUUUCUGCCUCAGCCUCCCCCUCUCGGUGGGCCGCCUCCCCCUGUCCCGGUUGGCCAGGCCCAGCCUGGCCUGUCUGCCCCUGCGGCCUCGGCCUCUGUCCCCGUCGAGGCCCCGGGCCCAGCGCUGAGGCUCUCCCAGCCCUCGGCCUUAGUGCCCCCCACUUUGCUGCUGAGACGCCAUCCCCCUGUGCCACUGCCCGAGACUCCCUGCCCGGCUCACAGAGCCCUGGGAUGGGAAGAGCCUUUGAGGUCCCCUCCGCCAGCCCCAAACUCUCCCACCGAGGGGAAGCAGAGGCCAGAGGGAGCAAAGGCCUUCCCAAGGCCAAGGAACUGGUUGCCAGAGCUCCCUCCCCCCACAGCCCUGUGUAAGGGUGGUGUUCUGGAAGGCUCCACAAAAAUAUCCCGCCCCCCCUUCCCUUCACCUCAAGGUCUGGCCCCCAUCCAACGUAUUAAGGAACGUUCGAUACUCAGAAUAAAGAGGUUUCUAUUUAACACUAGGAAGGGCUGAGUCCUGAGUGAGGCGGAGGAAGGACGGGGGCAGGGCCCAGGGCCAAGGCUUCUCACCCGUCCAAGGCCAGGCUGGGGUCCAGCUGUCACGCAGGGCAGUGGAGGCUGUGGGAGGCCACCACAGCUGCCGGCCACCCAUUUACUCCAAGUCCCUGGGCUGUGUGGCUCUGAGGCCAGCCCUUGGCCACUCUGAGCAGGGACCAUCAUCCUGUCCACUCUGGUCCUGGUGGGUGCACCUUGGCAUGGCCUCCCCGCCCAUCCAUCCUUGGCCGGGAAGCUGCGUCAAGAGAGGAAGGAGGUUGGGGGUGGGGCCGGCGGCAUCCAGGGCGCCCUCCUGGGUUGAUGCAGGAAAAUCUCAGGGUGGGAAAACUUCCAGCCUCUUACCCCCAGCCCCACCGGAUCCAGGUCUCCACGGAGGCCUGGAGGUCACCUCCCUGCUGACCCCUGCCUCUCCGGCCCGAGAUGGACAGCUCAUGAUGGAUGCUUCCGGGCCUGUGUUGUUUUAAUUUUUUUUUUCCCUGAGAAGUCAGAAAGAGGAGACGGCCAGGGGUCAGCCCCGGGGCUGGGGUUGGAACCUCACGUACGUUUGAACUCUGGGAUCUGGAGACUGAGACUCUUGGAGCCUCCUGGCUGUGUAGCUGUGGGCAGGAAGCUGCCCCUCUCUGGGCUCUGGUUCCUGUCCCUCCCUGGGAAAUCAUUUAACCUCUCUUUGCCCAGGCUGAAGUAAGACGUCCGGAAGAUCUACCCCCCUGACUUCAUCCCCAAAAGUGACACUUUUAAGGGGGUGUACUGGCACUGGAAUCCUGGGCUUCACGAAUGUUAGGCAAGGGCUCUACCACUGAGAGACAUCACUAGUCCUUUCUAAAACUUUGUUGUGAGACAGUCUCACUGAGUUGCCCGGUCUGGCCUUGAACUUGAGAUCCUCCUGCCUCAGCCUCCUGAGGAACUGGGAUCAGAGGAGAUCUCCACUGUAUCUGACAAGGUUUCAUUUCUUUUUAUUGCCGAAUAUAUUCCACAGCACCCGU